GGCGGGCCAUGAGGGCUAUAUAAGUGCUGGUAGAGCGUCGGUUGUAGCACUCUGUGCGCCUGCUCCUCCCUACUUCUUACUCCUCUGCCGCCGCUCCGCAGUCGCCGCCGCCAUGAGGGAGAUCGUGCACCUGCAGGCUGGGCAGUGCGGCAACCAGAUUGGCGCCAAGUUCUGGGAGGUGAUCAGCGACGAGCAUGGCAUUGAUCCCACCGGCACAUACCACGGAGAUAGCGACCUCCAGCUGGAGCGUAUCAACGUGUACUACAACGAGGCUACCGGUGGCAAGUAUGUGCCCCGUGCUGUGCUCGUGGACUUGGAGCCCGGCACCAUGGACUCAGUGCGCUCCGGGCCUUUCGGGCAGAUCUUCAGACCUGAUAACUUCGUCUUCGGUCAGAGUGGGGCUGGGAACAACUGGGCCAAGGGGCACUACACAGAAGGCGCAGAGCUGGUGGACUCGGUGUUGGACGUUGUGAGGAAGGAAGCUGAGAGCUGUGAUUGCCUGCAGGGCUUCCAGCUGACCCACUCCCUGGGUGGGGGGACGGGGUCUGGGAUGGGGACCCUCCUUAUCAGCAAGAUCCGGGAGGAGUACCCAGACCGCAUCAUGAACACUUUCAGUGUGGUGCCUUCCCCCAAGGUGUCGGACACAGUGGUUGAGCCCUACAAUGCCACCCUUUCAGUACACCAGCUCGUUGAAAACACAGAUGAGACCUAUUGCAUUGAUAAUGAAGCACUCUAUGACAUCUGUUUCAGAACCCUAAAGCUGACCACACCCACUUACGGUGACCUGAACCAUCUAGUGUCCGCCACCAUGAGUGGGGUGACCACUUGCCUGCGGUUCCCUGGCCAGCUAAACGCUGACCUGAGAAAGCUGGCUGUAAAUAUGGUGCCCUUCCCUCGCUUGCACUUCUUCAUGCCUGGCUUUGCCCCCUUGACCAGCCGGGGCAGUCAGCAGUACCGUGCCCUGACAGUUCCUGAGCUCACCCAGCAGAUGUUUGAUGCCAAGAACAUGAUGGCUGCCUGUGAUCCCCGCCAUGGGCGCUACUUGACAGUGGCUGCAGUGUUCCGGGGCCGCAUGUCUAUGAAGGAGGUGGACGAACAGAUGCUUAAUGUCCAAAACAAGAACAGCAGCUACUUUGUUGAGUGGAUUCCCAACAAUGUGAAAACAGCUGUCUGUGACAUUCCACCUCGGGGCCUAAAAAUGUCUGCCACCUUCAUUGGCAACAGCACCGCCAUUCAGGAGCUGUUCAAACGCAUCUCAGAGCAGUUCACAGCCAUGUUCCGACGCAAGGCCUUCCUGCACUGGUACACGGGUGAGGGCAUGGAUGAGAUGGAGUUCACCGAGGCUGAGAGCAACAUGAAUGACCUGGUGUCCGAGUACCAGCAGUACCAGGAUGCCACGGCUGAGGAGGAGGGAGAGUUUGAGGAGGAGGCAGAGGAGGAGGUGGCCUAAAGCUGUCUUUAAGCAGCUAAAGCAUGGUUGCAGUGUGAACUCUUUAUUCAUUCACAGCCUGUCUGCUAGCCAUGUUCACUGUGCAUUUGCUGUCCUGUCCUGACAUCACUUGUACAGAUACCACAAUUAAAGCAAUUCAUAGUGUG